AUGAAGUUAGAUGAUCAGUUUGAAUGGGAUCUUGAGAAUGUGGAUGCUUCCCCUGAGCAAUUUGCGGACGUGUAUGCGAAAGAGUUGGGCCUUGGUGGGGAAUUUAAAACGGCCAUUGCGCAUUGCAUACGCGAACAAGUCCAAAUUUAUCAAAAGUCCCUAUUCCUCGUCGGCCACCCCUCAGAUGGUUCUACUGUCCAAGACGAUGACCUGCGCAUGUCCUUCCUGCCCAGCCUCGCAUCCGGCGCUAGAGCAAUGGAUCAAGUACAAUCGUUCACACCACUGCUCAACUAUCUCAGCGACGGCGAGAUUGAACGUAGUGAGAAGGAGAGGGAGAAGGAGCUCACCAAGCGCAGGAAACGGAAUACACGAGGACGUCGAGGUAUCGCUUUGCCUGACCGGGAGCCUAAUCGCACAUACCGCACACCUGCCUUCGGGUUCCCAGAGCUGGAUGCUGCAACCCUUGCGUUGGCCGCCGCGAACGCGCCGACUUCGAGACGUGCUGCAGCUGCGGCUGCUUCUCUCACGAUUGCCAACAUGGUUGCCUCAGAAAAUGGCACGAGCGUCAUGCCGCUGCAGCUGCCUCCCCAGCAGAUCAUAUCCACAGCUGUCGCUGCUGGAAAAGAGAAGAAACCUAAAGGGUUGUUCAAGGCACCUUCUUAUCCUACUUCCGUACUUCGACCUCGUGCUCAGGUCACUGCUCCUACACCGUCGACAGCGGUUGAAUCGACGUCGAUGUUACCUUCAUCGUUUCUUGAUGCUGAAGCACCUACCUCCUCAGUUAGUAUACCCGCUCCCGAUUCGCGAGCCGUCGCAAAGAAAGCCAAGGAGCUCGAAAGGGAGGCUAAAGAAAAAGAGUUUGUCGAUGGACAGCAUGCUAAUGUGAUCAAUGGGGUGUGGCACUGCUCCAACUGCGGCUGUCCGGAGAGCGUUGCUAUCGGAAGAAGAAAAGGUCCUUUGGGCGACAAAUCGCAAUGUGGCACAUGUGGCAAAUUCUGGCAUCGACAUCGCAGACCCCGCCCUGUAACAUAUAACCAAGAUCCCGAUUACCAUUUGAGCCAAAGGCGCGAAACAGAGCAGGUUAAAAUCGGGGUGAAACGAAAAGGACGAGCGCCGAAUUCUCAGGUGGCUGCUGACGGCCAAGAUACGCCUACUCGACAGAAAUCAGACCUCUCCGUUGAUAUCUCUGCUCGAUUGCCCGUGCCGGCUUCCGAAGCCAUGUCACCAGUAUCGACUGCCUCCAGUGAUACAGAAGCUCCUCUUGCCCAACGUGUCACAAAAGUCAACGGCGCCAAUCACGCAAGACUUGCGUCAUCAUCUGGGACUCCUCCUCCAACAAGCAACGGGAUUGCACGUCCUAAGUCACCCAGGGAAAGUAGUGCUCCAAUUUCAAACGGCUCAUACGCCGCUCCGACAUGGCUAACUUCAGCAAUUCGUUCGCUUCAAGAACAAUACCCAGACGACAAGUUCGAAGCAAUCCUGCGUCGACCUGCCCCGCGUUCUAUACCAGAGUGGAGGAUGAAAUGUCUGGAUUGCCCCGGCAAGCUAUAUAACUCUGGGCCUGGGGAUACGUUGCAGAAUUAUGAAGUCCAUCUUAGAAACCGACAACAUCGCUUACGGGUGAACGCUCGUCUGACGCAGGCGCCAGCAUCAUAA